GGGUCGAGGGAGACAGCGCUUGCGUCGCGAUUUCUUCGCGAGCACCGUCGGAGUACGGUGCGACCGGUGCGACCGAAGUUAGCCGCAGCUAGGCCAAGUCGAAGUGGUUUCCUGUUGUCUCCUGCGGUGGGACCGGUGGGACUUCUCCUGAGCGGCGCCUCGUUCGAGCUCGAGAGCACGCGCACCCACGUAUCCACGUAACCGCACGUAACGGUCGUCCGAGCCGUCGAGACGACUGGGACAUCUCUGGAAACCCUAACGGUGACGGCGCUCCUCUGGUUCUCCCGGUCCCUGACCCCGACUACGAUUCUCCGCUGCGACGACGUGCGCGUCCUCGGGUUGACCCACGCGAGACGCCGCGCGUGCCCGCCCGCCAGGAAAGGAUUCGAGGAACACGCGGGAUCAUGCUCUGAUCGCGGUUCGGUUCAUCAUGACCGUCGAUUUUGCCGACUGCUUUUGGGGUGAAAAGAAUAAUGGAUUUGACGUGCUGUACCAUAACAUGAAGCAUGGUGUAAUCGCGAGUAAAGAGUUGGCCGAGUUUCUGCGGGAACGGUCAGCCAUCGAAGAGAACAACUACAAAUGGCUGAGCAAGGUAGCGAAACAGGCCACCAACAGUAGCAGCACUCAGGGAACAUUCGCCCCCAUCUGGGCCGCCCUUAGAGGUGCGGCCGAAAAGUUGGCUGGUUUGCAUCUGCAGAUGGCCCAAAGAGUAACCGAGAUUAUCAAGGAUGUCUCCAAAUAUGCGGACGAGCUUCACAAAAAACACAAGGCUGUGAAAGAGGAAGAAUCUUCUACCCUGGAGGUCGUGCAAAGUAUACAGAGCAUCACGAUCACCUUGCAGAAGGCGAAGGAUACGUGUCUCCAAAGAGGCAUCGAGUUUGAGAAAUUGAAGAAAGACAAUGCCAGUCAGAGGGAAUUGGAGAAGGCAGAGGCCAAAUUCAAGAAAGCCCAAGACGACUACAAGGCUAUCGUUGAUAAAUACUCCGCUGUCCGUAACGAUUUCGAGACUAAAAUGACCCAAGCAUGCAAGCGGUUUCAAACCAUCGAGGAGACUCAUCUGAAACACAUGAAAGAAUUUCUUAAUACUUAUGCGGAUGUUCUGCUAGCAAACCAUGAACAGGUUGGCCAGGUUCAUAUUGACUUCAAACGACAGUGCCUCGACAUGACCGUAGAAAAACUCUUGAAGCAAUUUGUACGAAGCAAGUACACAGGAUUCGAGAAACCAGGAAUAAUCGAGUACGAAGAAGUAAUGACGAGUCUGGCAGAGAUGACCGGUCAGACGCAGUCGGAAGGGACGGUCGAGAUACCCAAGGAGCCUGCCAAGAGUGCUAACGGGGAGACAGGCGUUGCCGGUAACACACAAAAUUCAAAGAAAGAUCACGUUCAAAUUAAAGGGGUGGGUAUCCUCUCGGCUGGGGAUUUGGGAAAGGGACAAGAAAAGGAAAAAGACAGGGAGAAACUGAAGGAAAAGGAUAAAGAACAGGCACCGCAACCCAGCAAGGCUUCUCGCCGUACCACCUCGCUACUCAACCUGUUCAUGUCCAACUCCCAGGAGAGGCAGAGGCAAGCAGGGUCUGGUUCGGCACCUGCUACUCCUCAGGGGAACAACCUGCCUCCUGCCGUUCCACCUCCCAGCAUCUCCAGGAACCCUCUCAGAGGAUCUAAAUGGUUUCUUCGCAGCAGGCGAGAAAAAAGGAAGGAAAAGAAAGCCAAGAAGAAAAAGGACUCCGUAGAGACGAAUAGCAACAAGGAAGAAAAGUCUGACCUGGAGGACAAGGAGGACAGCAGAAAAUCCAAGACACCCACUCCGGAAGUGGACGAGGAUGGGUUUUGCAUCAGGCCCAAACCUGACCCUUGGGAAAAUGAAAAAGGAUUCUAUUCGAGCUCCGAUACGGAUUCCGAAGAUGACAGGGAGAGGAAAAUUAGAGUCGAAAUUAAACCCUUGAGCAAUGGCGGGGCGCCCAUGAGUGCGAGUGUGGACGAAUUGAGAGCUACCGUCGAAAAUUUAUCGCUUUCACCAGCCCCUACGGGUCGCAGAGGUUCAAACGCGGACUCCGAUCAUCACAUGAAGAGAUCGCAAUCGGUGUCGCAACAGUUGGGCGGUAAACCCAGUUCCGAUCUGCUGGGAUUGAGUUUAUUUAAUCCCAGCAGCACGCCGUCCAGUGCAUCCACCCCUACAGGAAGUCAUCCGUAUGCACCUCUUCAGAGUCCACCACCCCUUUCCUCGUCCCCGGUGCCCCAAACGGCCCCGCCGCAAUCGGCACCGGCUGCACAAAUCCAUGCACGAUUUCCAGAGGGGGAUCUGUUCUCGGAGGUUGGCGACAUAACGCCGGCUUUGCCUCCAAAGCAAUCCGCGUCGUCCACGCCGACAGGAUCCAUCGCCAUUCCUAGACCUCCGUCUAGAAGAGGAGAAGGUCCAUCGCCUCGAGGAAGAAUGUCCCCGGCGACGAUCUCUAGAGCGGAUAGCGUGGCCAGUUUGGAGUUCCGAGCGGCAGGGGUCGGGGUCGGCUCCUCCAGAGGGCCGUCGCCUCUGACGAUCGGCCUCGCCGACACGAUUCCCCUGGCCGUGGCCUUCCACGAGAUCGUUCACUCCUACUUCCGGGGCACCGACGAGACUCGUUGCCAGGUCAAGCUCAGUGGCGACAUGAUGCUUUCGUUUCCGGCUGGGAUCGUCACCGUCCUGGCCAAUAAUCCGAACCCGGCAAAGCUCUGCUUCAAGGUGAAAAAUAGUAGUCGUUUGGAAAGACUGCUGCCAAACAGCCAGUUGGUCAGUAUAGACGCGACUCAAUCCGUCGCCGACAGUACAAUCUUCGAGUUCAACAUGAGUGCCUUAACGACUCUGCUGCGUCGACAAGCCGAACAAAAUCCGUCAGCUUCGUACUUUAACGUGGACAUCCUCAAGUAUCAGAUUAAGAACAAGGAAGGCGCAGGUUCCUGCCCCUUCCAGCUCGUCGCGUAUUGGAAAUGCGAGGCGACUCAUACGGAUCUUAAGAUCGACUACAAAUAUAAUAGCCGUGCCAUGGCCUCGCCGAGCCCGCUACUAAAUCUACACGUGGCCGCUCCUAUCGAUGGCGGAUUUUUGAAUCUACACAGCAAACCACCGGCUCAGUGGCUGCCGGACACUAAUCGCGUCUUGUGGAAGUUCACCGAGCUGUCGCAACACAGCGAAGGCAGUGGCGUGGGAUCCUUGAAAGCCCGGGUCGAACUCGAACGCGGCCCUGGAACUCAAGGAACGAUAUUUACUCAAUUUAACUGCGAAGGGACCACCUUGUCCGGCGUCGAGUUCGAGCUCGUGGGUGCCGGCUACAGGUUAAGCUUGGUCAAGCGCAGAUUCGUAUCUGGAAAGUACAUCUGCGACGGCGACACGGAUCCACGUACUCGAUACGCCGCUCCUCCAUCCAGCAUAGAUUGACGGCUUCCGGAUUGGGCUCCCAGGUGGGAGAGUUUGCCCAUUUAGCCUCGCUCGUUCGCACUGCCUUGAACAUGCGUUAAGCCGAUCGAGGACGAGCCUCGAUCGACCCGGAGCGCACACCAUACAAAAUCCUCGGAUACUCCAAAACUCGUUCCGAGAUUUCUCGAAGACGCGACGACGAUGCACGCGCGUACGGAAAAGCAACGACCAUCGGCAGGAUGUGCGCUCGUAAAUUACUUGAACGGUACAAUGGCGCAAUGGGACAUUUUCCACCGUGCCGUCAGCGAUUAGUUUUGCGUUUGAAGUAGGAAAGGCAUUUGUACAUAAUUUUCUAUCGAAAGGUGAACGAGACGAACUGUGUUCCACGCGCGAACAAACGUGGUGGUGUUCAGCCGAAGGCGAUAUAGUAUUUUCCAGUUGUCGCUUCAGUCGACAACGAGGUCUUCGACUCCUUCACUUCGUUUUGUUGUCCGCUUUUUCAUAGGCCGAAAAAUGAUGGAUUUUAUCGAAAGGGGCUUCGCGUUUUGAAGCUCUCUAGGCUCUCUUCUGGAUUAGACACUUCGUGUUUUGGACCGGAUUAUAUUAGAUGAGGAACGAUCUGCGUAUUUUCGAUCCAUCGUACGUUUAGCUUCCAUUCCAUGGCUAGGGGGUGAAACAGCCUAAAUUUUACAAUACUUGAAUUAAUGAGUAGCGAUUAUUUAGACUCGUUUUAACAACUAUUUGUUGAAUUGAGAAUUUCAAGAAUGGUCCAAUUAAAAAUUGUCAUUGUUACUAAUUUCAGUCGGCUAGGUUCAAGAGAUGAAACUUUAUGUUGUUUCGCCUUUCGACCAAAAGAUUGGCGUAAGUUUCGGCGGGGAGAUAUUCGCUUCGGACUCGUAUUUUGAUGGGAUACUCGGAUUAGAUCAAUUAAUUGGUUACGACGCUCAUAGUGUCUUGCGAAUUUUGUCCGUCCCUAUUAAUUCUCGAGCCGUCUCCCGUUCUUUGCAUUGCAAUCAAAACUAAUUCAUUGAUUUACGAAAUGCAUCACUCCCACUCCCAGAGCAGUACAAUGUUUUUAUCUAAUGUUAUGUCAUUGCGCUAGUUUUAAUAUAGUAUCGUAUUGUCUUCGUUAAGAAAAUUCUUUUAGAAUACGGUAGGGUCAGAUGUCGGAUUGGUAACGGCUUUCGAUCGUGAUAUGAGAAAAAAGAAAAUGUUCUUUCAGAUUGGGAGCGACGUAAGAGAGAGCGGAGUAAGAACAUCACUUUAACGGGUAUCACAUUUUAUAGUAAGCAAAAAUAAAUGUCAAUUUAAUGAAAUUGUUAAAUUAUAUAGAGUUCAAAAGUUUUCGUGCAGAAAUAUUUUAUAGAAAAAUUGUAUAUCCUUUUUGGUAAAAAUUAAAACUAAGUCGUUGAAGUGGUAGUCUUGCUCGAUCCUUUCUUUUUAUAUAAAGGUUAAUUUUGGAAGCACGUGAUAUGUGUUGCAGACCAAAGAUCCGAUUAGUUUGAGGUUUUGCGUGAGAUCUUGAACGAGUUUCGUUUUCCUUAUUCUUUUCUCCGAGUAUAAAAGAAGGUUCGUUCAUGUUCGGCUCUUAUUUUUAUUUCUUUCGAUAGUACUUGCUAUAAUUGAGAAAAGGAAUAAUUUCUUCCGUUGUUACACGUAUCGAGCUCUUCGCGAAUUCUUCUCUUAAUUAGUAUUCGGAAGUGAGAAAAUUAUUACAACCAAAGAAAUUAUUAGUUUGACAUUGCAUGCUUAUGAAGCGUGGAUAUUUUCAGAUCUCUUUGGAUUUUCAAUUGGAAACAGCUGUUCCAAUGUUCAAUUACUAUUUAUCUAUUUAUUCUUCCGUUAUGUAUAUUUUUUCUAAAUUGAUGUUCCUAUUUUUAAGGAUAUUGGAAAACAUGUAUUCGUUUAAUGCUGUAUGCACGGAGCUCGAAACGUUUACAGUUACAAAUUUACAGAGGUAUUUAUGUACCAUAAACAUAACAGAUUUAAUAAUUUCAUUGCACUUGAAUUCUUUGAAGAGAACUCUGGACCUGCGAGUAAUAAUUUCAGAUAAUACAUAAAUGACAUAUUUCAUCUUUAAGUAGUAUCAAUUAAUAUAAUAUUAAGUCAGAAGAAUAUUGAACCAAGCAUUGUAUACGGAAUUUUUCUUAACAAAUAUAUAGAUGAUGUCUAGGGUAACUAGAUUUUUGUUUGUGGAAUUCGCCUAGAUUUUUCGCAUGCACAAAUAGAAAAGAUAUUAAAUCAAUUUCAUUCUUUGCAUUUUUUUUGUGUCCUCUCGUAGGGGACAGGCGAAUGCAAAGAAUUAGGAAAUAAUUUAAUUUUUUUCAUUUCUGACGUUAGUUAAUCUAAUCGAUCGAUCAAAUAAAAUUAAAAGAUGAUAUCAAUGAAAAGGUUGAGAACAUUGUUUUAGAACAAGUUUUUAUAGGGAGUGAUUUUUUUUCUGUCGUGUACUGCAAUAUUCUUUAUAAUUCCGUGCCAUAUAUAUAUAUGUUAAUUUAUCAUUUACGUACACCUCUUUUUUUCUUAGGCACAAACAUCCGUAUCAAUGCUUGAUUCACUUUUACAUGAUUUUAAGUAUCGUGGUUACAAGUAUCCAAGUAUUACCCUCUGCAUUUAGAGUAGACCAACCAGUGCAGUGGGCUUAAAUAUCAGAUUUCAGUUCUUUUAUUUAACGACUGUUUAAUUUUUACUUUCAAGAACUUUUACAUAUUGUGCGAAAAAUCGAAUUCCAACGCCCAGUUGGCUGUUCUCUUGCGGCAAUUCUUGUUCAUUCAAGAUUGAAAGAGAAUGAUGGUCGUGGUAACUUAUGAUGUUAUCUUUCAACAUUUGGAGGCCCCUCCAGUAAAUGAAUUUGUGGAAGAAUAGUGCUCAACACCAUAUUCCCAUAGUUUUGGGAAACUAAUCAAAAUGACCCAAAUAGUUUCCCGAAUUUAUUUCAGUUUAUUGUACUGGUGUAAUUAAUAUAAUUAAUUGACACUGAUCAUUUUCGUUUCAGCUUUACAUUCAUUUUUUCCACUCGAUCCCAAUCAUAACUCUAGACGACAUGUGUUCCAAAGAUUUAAAAGAAAUAGAUAUUUUUGUUCUCUACACGGACCCUUUCAAUAAGUAUAACCGAGGAUCAACGUUCGUCCGAGAAAAGUAAUUUGCUAAUAAAGAGGUGCUCCAUUGCGUCCAGUUGCGAAAUUAUUCUCUAAAGCACCGAUCGACGAUAGUUUAACACGGUAUUUACCCUUCUGGACCCGGCUCAUUUUUUAACGUCUCUUAGCAAAUUAUAUCUCGCAUGCAUCGUUAAGGCUGUUUUAUUAUUCCGACAAUGAAGAAAGUGAAAAUGAGAGCGCUUAAUGUAUAAAAAUCUAUUUAAGACUGUCCUAAGAGAGGAUAAACUAGGACGAAAUAAUCAAAUACCGUUGAAGGCUGUUUAAGAUCGUGCAAAGGGAGGUAGGUAGAAAGAAGGCAACCGCGAAGAUACACGCUUACUGUUUAAGACUGUUUAAGACAAGUGAAGUAUAAUAAGGAAACAUAAAGAUUAGGACAGGUGCGAAAACGCUAGGUAACUGAGAAAGGAUCGUGCGAUUUCUAAAUUUCUUCGUUAAAAAUACUAGGCCAAAGGGGCAACAAUGUACCGUAUGGAGCUGUUUAAGAAGUCAAGUGUGUCAUUAAAAAUUCUCUACGAGAAAGCUAUGAAAAUCGUAAAGAUUGAGAAAACAUUCGGGACUUCGACAUUCAUGUAAAGAAUACUCAUUAAGGGAGCUACUAUGCUACUGUCUAUGCAUAAAUAUAUAUAUACAGACAUAUAUUAAACUAUUAUACAUAGUAUAUACAGAAGUGGAACGACCCGACUAUAUGCCACGCGUGGCGAAGAAACAAUAUGUGAAGAACGCGUUGACAUGCGAUGUUUGUGCGCUAAUAAAAAAUCUAGGAUAUUUUAUAUAAAA